UAAUGUUUACAGGCCUCUUUACAAAUCCUACAAAAAUAUAAAAAAUAUUGUUCUUUAUAUUUUAUAUAUCGUUUUAUUCAAGGGAUAAAUACUUUUUAUUUAUUUAAAUAUACAAAUAAAUUAAAUUUAGUUCCCUUGGUAAAAAUUUUAAAUCUAGAAAAAUUUGCAUAAUUUUCAACAAUGGAUAAAUGGCAAUCUGCGGACAAAAUUGUGACGAAAGAAAUUCUGACGAAGAAGGAUUUCACCGACAUACCAACAGAACGUGCAGUUUGUCAAUUAAAAAUCGACAACAUUAACGAAUCAGAUUUAAAAAUUGACGAAUUAACAUUAAAAUAUCCCAGCGAUAUUAUUUAUGGUACAAAUGAAAAAGAAUGGAUUUUAGGUGACGCCUGCACGGAACUCGAUAGACAAAUUGAGCGCGCAAUUUCAACAAUGUUCAUCAAUGAGAAAAGUCUCAUUACAGUGAGAAUUAAUUCAGAGAAAAAUGCGACCACCGAUGAAAUUCAAAAUAUUAAAUUUGAAUUAACUCUUAUUAAUUUCCAACCAUUUAAACCAAUAUGGCAAUGGACACCCGAGGAAAAAUAUGAAAUUGCCCUAAAAUAUAAGGAAAGGGGGAUAAAAAUUUUUCAACAAACACAUUAUGUUGAUGCAUUUCAUAAAUUUAGUAAAGCAUGUAAAAUUCUCAUAACACUCGAGCCAAUGAUUGAUUUGAAAUUAAAUGAAAAUUUAAAGCAAGAUAUUGAAAAUUUACGAACAUUACUUUAUAAUAAUAUGGCUGAAUGUCAUGUGCAUAGGAAAAACUACGAGCACGUUAUUACAUUGUGCAAUAAAGUUCUCGAUCGAGAUGUGAAUAAUGUUAAGGCACUUUACAGACGCGGAAUUGCCUACGGUAAUCUUCAAAAUUACGAAAAUUCUGUUGAGGAUUUGAAAAUGGUUUUGUCACUUGAACCCAAUAAUUCUCUGGUGAAAGAGAAAUUUAAUUUUUAUAAACAACAAUCGCAAAUUGAGAAUAAAAAGUACGAGGAAAUUGUAAAACGAAUGUUUGAAUUUUAAAAAUACUUCUUUGGUGAUUAUAAGUCUUUUUUUUACUUUUUUUAGAAAAUAGAAAGUGAUAUUUAAUAGUUUGUAAAAAAGAAAAUGUAAAUAGUAUAAAAUAAAA